AUUCUUCAAUACUGAACCUUGUUCGCUUCAGCAAACAGUAAACACAUAUGUAUGAAAACAACUAAUUUUUUAUUAUUUAAGGUUACAAGUAAAUUCCUGAAAUGAUGAGUUUUAUAAGCCGUUCUUUACAGCAAUCCACAAAGUGCAAUUAUGGUUUGCUAAAGCAUUGUUUGUCGUUUUCGGGUGAUUCAUUUAGAGAGGAGAAUGCUGAUGCACUGCAUUUACUUCAAAACAGUUCAAAUCUCGAAAAUGUUGAACAUCAACAACAAAUUCUUCCUUGUGACACAAAUGUAUUGUUGUUCUCUGGUCAAGGCACACAGAAGGUUGGGAUGGCGGAUGAUCUGUUACAAUUUUCAAACGUGAAAAAUAUGUUCACAGUGGCAUCUGAUAUUUUCGGAUUUGAUCUUUUGAACUUGUGCCAGAAUGGUCCACAAAGUGAACUUGACCAAACGGUGCACUGUCAACCUGCUGUUGUUGUAACUGCUUUGGCAGCCGUGGAAAAGUUGCAGGAAACGAAUCCGCAAGUUUUGGAAAAUUGUUAUUGUACCGCUGGGUAUAGUGUUGGAGAAUAUGCUGCUCUUGUUUUUUCUGGUGUUCUUUCAUUUGAAGAUGCAAUGUCUCUGAUCAAAGUUCGAUCCCGUGCAAUGCAGAAAGCAUCAGAUUUAACCAAAGGUGCCAUGAUAACAGCUGUUGGUGGUUCAAAAACAAAGUUCAAGCAAAGUUGCUUUGCGGCUAUGGAGCAUUGUAAAUAUAAUCUUACAAUAGAAAACCCUAUUUGCUCCAUAUCCGCAUAUUUAUCUCCGAACAUAGUAACACUAGCUGGGAAUAUUGAAGCCAUAAAUUUUAUUACGGAGAACAAAUCUAAGUUUGGAAUAAAAAGAGUUAUUCCAAUUCCAGUGUCAGGGGCGUUUCAUACAAAGUUGAUGCAGCAUGCAGCUGAUGAAAUGCAAUUAGUUCUUGAGAAAACUUUGUUCAAUGACCCAAUCAUUCAUGUUUAUAGCAAUGUUAGUGGUAAAAGGUACCAUGGUAAAUCUGAUAUUUCUAAAAGACUUGCUAGCCAAAUAAUAAAGCCAAUUAGAUGGGAACAAACUAUGCAUGCUAUAUUUUCACGGCCUGAUUCUGUAAACAUGCCAGCUGUUUAUGAAAUGGGACCUGGCACUCAACUUGGUUCUUUAUUAAAACUUUGCAAUGGAAAGGCUUGGAAAAAUUAUACUUUUGUCAAUUAAUGUUAAUUUUUGUCGAUGAUUAACUCUGGCUUUUUUUAAUAUUAAAACUUUAAAUAUAUACCAAAAAAUAGAAUUUGGGCUUAUGUUAUUUAACGAUUUUGAACACUAGCUGCUACUUUGAAUGUAAAAGUUAAUGUUACUUGCUUUAUCCUUGCUUGGCAGGAAAAUGACAGUUGUUAUAACACUGGUGUUCAUACACCUUGUGCCAGCUUAAGAGUUACCAAGUAUGUUACUUUGUAGGUGAUUAUUUUUAAGUGGAUUUUUAAAUUUUUUUAAAGGUGGCUGUUUAUUAAGACAACCGACUAAUGACUCCUGGAUUGGAGCAAUUUUUAUUUUAUUGUUUUAUUGAUUCGCAAAUAUGUGGGGUUCAAUGGAACAGUUUAAAAUAGGGAUAUAUAGGCUAUACAUAUAAAACUCGAACUAACAUUGUACGCUUUGAAAAAUAAUUUUAA